AUGGCACCUCACAACCAUCAUUCCCUUCACACUCAACAGCGAAAACAUGGCGAUCAUGAACAUAUCAUGAAACGACUAGAUGGAUAUAUCAAAUCGUACAGAAGCGGAGACACGGAAGCGAUCAUGAAAUACUACCAUCCAGACAACUUUGUCUACUCGGACUUUAGUGUGUCCUCCCCCCUUCCCUCUUCCAUCUUCACUCUUUCUCCCCCAAAGACCAAAACUAAUCCCCCAGGUACACCCACACGCCACCUCAUGACGCACGACGAAGUCGCCACCCAUUACACGAACACCUUCACCUCCUUCCACGAUCUCCAAAUCAACACGUUAUCCCUGCACGGCCACAAAGAUUUCACAGCUUGGGAAUGGGAAAUCUCCUGUAAACCAGCUAUUUCGCUGGAGACGGGGGAGCCAGUGCAGAAGGAAGAGGCGCAGGCGCGGAAAGUGGUGGGGUGUACGUUGAUGUGGUGGGAGGGGGAAAAGAUUGUGAGGAAUCAUGAUUAUGUGCAGGUUAUGGAAGGGUAG